UAUCAACUCGGAAUGCAAGCUGCCUGCCAGUGACGUACGUCUCUUCUCGUGAUUCCGAAUCCAAAUUUCAAUCCACGGCCACCAUUGAGUACUAGAUCAGUGGUAAAUAUUCUGCAGACAUUGUCACAGAUUAAACUCGUCUUGACCCCCGGGGCAGCCCAGGAAAGAGCACAAACGAGUUUCGGUUCCACAGUGUCAGUCUGGUGUAUCAAGACGAACUCCCUGAAAUGGGUCAAAGAACAACAGUCAAAGAUGCUCUCCAGGCCGAGGUCCCGUGCGACAUGAUCGUAUGCGGAGCCAUUCAGGACGUCCAGCAUGAGCGAGACUAUUCAACUCUUGUCAUCAACGACGGGUCGACUGUGACUCCAAUUCAUGCCCGAUUAAGCAGGGCCCAUAUGAAAGAUGGAUCUGCCAUCUCAAGGGGCAGCACUAUCCAAGUCCACGGGCAGGUGAAGCCUCUGGAACCAUCGUGCCUCGACCACGACAACAACCCAGCAUUUGAGAUAGAGAGUUUCUCAAUCCUUGGCCGAGCUGAUCCAAAUUCCUAUCCCCUUUCUACCGUCCAUUCAAGCCCGGAAUUCCUCUAUCAGAACCCCCACCUCCGUGUCCGCACGCCACAGCAUGCCCUACUCGCGCGGUUCCGCUCAACCGUCAUGUCCGCGCUGAGCCGAUUCUUCGAUUCUCACCCCGAGGGCCCAUUCUACCAGGUCCAUCUCCCUCUACUCACAUGGACAGACUGUGAGGGAGGCGCAGAGGUAUUUGCCACGCCAACCCAAUGCUCCAAGCAAGAAGGCAGCGAAAUGAAAGACACCUACUUCGAUGCACGACGGUACCUCAACGUCUCUGCUGUUUUCCACGCCGAGGCAUUCGUUCAAGGGCUGGAUCGCAUCUGGACACUAUCGCCCUGUUGGCGAGCCGAACGCACCAAUAGUCCGCGUCAUCUCGCCGAAUUCUGGAUGCUUGAGGUCGCAGUCAAUUAUAUUGACUCGCUGGAACCGCUGUACGAGCUCCUGGAGGAGACGAUCCGUAGUAUCGUCUCACACCUGCAAGACAGUCCCGCUGGACAGGAAAUUCUCGCUCAGUCAGACGCAAAGAGCACAAACCUCCACCAGCGUUGGAACCAGCUCCUUACCCUGAACUGGCCGCGCAUUACCUUCGCCGACGCAACAAGGCUUCUUAAACCCGUCCGCGCUGCGAAAGGCCAUCACCCUCCAACGACAACCUCCACUCCCCAAGACGUCACGCCAGACGAAGAAAUCUACCUCUGCGAGCAUUUUAACGCCCCCGUCUUCCUAACGCACUUCCCCUCACAAAUCCGUCUUUUCCAAGCAGCCCAGUCCGCCAAAGACAUCACCGAGAUAUCCCCGGGAACAGGAUUCCCUCCCUCCCAGACAACCGAAUCAUUCGAUCUUCUCCUCCCCGGCAUCGGAGAGAUCUGCAGCGGUGGUCUGCGCGAACACAGACUCGACGUGUUGAUCGAUACCAUGCGCAAAAAACGGUUCCUGCAGGGCCAGGCGAAGGGUCCUGUUCCGGAGCGGAAUGCGCCCGCAGAUGCAGAGCCGUAUCCGUAUCUGCAUCGGGGUGAGGAUCUGAAGUCGGUCGAGUGGUUUGCUGAUUUACGGCGAUGGGGCACGUCGCCGCAUGGUGGGUUCGGAGUUGGGUUUGAGCGGUUGUUGCAGUAUUUGACGGGGACGGAUACGGUCAAGGAGGUGGUUUCUUUUCCGCGCUAUUUUGGGGUUUGUGGUUGUUGAGGGCAUCGAAUGGAAUUUGUGAUCGGUGGUAUGGGAUAUUAGUAUGUAGAUGAGCCUGGUGAUGCUUUGUAGUGUUGCAGUCGAUAUCGA